UCUUCCCCAGUCUUCGUCGUCUUUCCCCUCACUCAAAUGCAAUUUCCACCAAUUGAAUCACUCACCAAAAGCCACCAUCGACAGCCUCGAUUGUUGUGAAGCCUGCGAUAUCUUUCAUUUUCGGCCAACACCAGGCAAGAACGAGGCGAAACGAGCUGAGGUAAUUUUUUGUUGCUUCGAUGGAGCCACGGUCAUAAAUUGACUUUUAUCAACGAUCGAUCAUAUGUACAGUUCACGGCAUCUAUGUUCUCAUCUCUUCAUAGAGCAAGAACCAGAACAAACAUGCAUUUUUUCCCAAGGAGUUUUGCCACUGCUGCAUCCCCUCUUGUUCCCAUGCAACUCCCAUCUAAAAUGGAAACCCAUAUCUGGUAUAUCUUACCUGAUGAAGUAAAGAAUAAAGAUCUUCAAAAUCAUUAUUUAAAUCUACUCUCACCAAAUGAAAAGGUGAAUGUUAUGAAAAUACAAGAAGGGGAGCUUCAAAAAAGAGCCUUGCUAGCCCGUGCUUUGGUACGAUCUACCCUUUCAAGAUAUGUUUCUCAUUGUCAAAUUGAUCCACAAGCCUUGAUGUUUAAAAAGAAUAUGUUUGGGAAGCCUGAGUUAGAUUUGCGAAUUAGCAGUGAACUGUGUCUACCACCAUUGCAAUUCAACAUCUCACAUUCUUCAUCCUUAAUAGCAUGUGGAGUGACUAUGAAUUCUCCAAUUGGUAUUGAUGUGGAAGAGAAGACACGAAAAAUAAAGAACAACAUCAUAGCUUUUGCUAAACGUUUCUUUUCUCCAAAUGAAAUAGAAGUUUUAUCUGCUAUUUCAGAUCCUGAAAUCCAGCGGCAGGAAUUCAUCAAAUUAUGGACUCUGAAGGAGGCAUAUGUCAAAGCGUUGGGUAGGGGCUUCUCAGCUACUCCUUUCAAGACUUUCACUAUUCGGUUCAACAGAACUGCUCGAGGUUCAUGUCUUCCUGGGUGUGAAACUAAUGAGAAGGCUUAUGAAGUAAGUGUAGAGCCUCGUGAUGAUCCCGAAAACUGCUCAAGAAAUGUGACGUUUGCUUUGAUGGAGUUGUUGGGUUCUCAUUAUGUUGCUGUUUGCAUGAAAAAAGACGUGAAUAUUAGAGGAACAGCGAGUCUUCCCAUGAAGUUGGAUGUAUGGAGAACAAUUCCAUACGUGGAAGAUGAAUGUGUUUCUGGGACUGAGGCUGUUCUACCAAUAAGUGGCUUUGCUUAAGGAAAUGGAAAGUUCAAGAUUCCACUCCAACUGGCCUGUGUUCAAUUCUUAUAUCAAAACAAAACAAUUCUCUUAGAAAUGUUGUUUGAAGUUCUAAGCUGUAAACUUGUCCAAAAUUUUGGAGUUGGGAGUCCUAAAUGGCACCAAGGAGUUGUGAUCUAUUGAUUUUGGCU